AUUAGGGGAUGUAGAAUUCACUUUGAACAAUCUAUAACAUCUUGUUAUUGCCAGCCAACAUUUUAUCCCUUUCACAUCUUAGUGUGUGAUUAACUUUGUUGGUGGGUUCUUUUGUUGAUUGGUUUACAUCAAAUGAUGAUUAGGCUGCUUCUUAUUAUUUUUUUUACUGUUCUUCAAUUUUCUUUUUGUUUCUCUAUAGAAACUCUUGAACCAGAUGUCAAGAUUUUGAGCCUUACUAUACUCUGCCCCGGUAGACCUGACAUUGUUCUUCAAAUUCCUGAGGAUGGGGACCCCAAAGGAGUAUGGUUUACCCUGAAAGAAGGAACCCAUUAUCAUCUGAGAUUCUCUAUUAAGGUCAGCAAUAACAUCGUUUCGGGCCUGAGGUACACCAACACUGUCUGGAAAACUGGUCUUAAGGUUGAUAGCUCAAAGGAGAUGCUUGGAACUUUCAGUCCUCAGCCAGAGCCUUACAUACAUGAGAUGCCAGAAGAGACCACCCCCUCUGGCUAUUUUGCAAGAGGAUCAUAUGCAGCAAAAUCAAGGGUAAGCGAUUCACCUGUUUUGCAUUAUCUUUUUGUGGUUCUUCAAUUUCAGUGCACUCAGAAGGUUGAUGAUCUGGAAAAAUCUUCCUCGUUUGUGUGAACUGUAUGUGUCUUUG